CUCUGACCUUCCAUGCUCUGAGUAGGCAGCGUCAUCAUUCGGGCAUUUGUUAUUGCUAAGAUGAUACGAUCGUGGUCACGCAGAGCCUUUGUACGAAUCAACGCUGUAACUUCAUUGGCAAAGUCAUACCAGACAGGCCCCGAUCCAAUCAAACGCCAGAAGCCUGGUAAAUUGGAAGAUGCAGACGGUCGCGGUCCGGAUCGGCCACCGGGCUCUGAUCUCCCGGACUACAACACGGACGUCAACAUUCACGCACACCGACUGAAAAGACCGGAGAAGCCCAGCCCUGCAGUGUCUAGAGAAUGGUUUCGUGAUUUAGAUACACGUACAAAGAAUUCAUUAAUCCCAGAAACACUGAAACACAUGAGCGAGAAUGAAGAAUUUAAAAUAACUACAGAAAACUUAAAGAAGUUUGGUCAGGUGAAAUUGACAAAGGAAGAAAGGAAGAAGAGACAACGUGCAUUAUAUAACCUUGGAGUUCCGCACUUCAGGGAUUUCUUAAAACAGCAACUUGCGAAAAGAGAAAUUUCUGGACUUCUUAAAAGGAAAUCAGUUGAAGUUCUGCAGCUAAACAUUGGUUUAUAUUGUAACCAGGUUUGCAGCCAUUGCCAUGUAGAGUCUUCACCUAAGAGGAAAGAAAUGAUGAACAAAGAAACUGCUGAAAAGUGCCUUGAACUUCUGAAGAACAGUCCUUCUGUUCACACUCUGGAUCUAACAGGUGGUGCCCCAGAACUGUGCAAUGAGUUCCGUUAUCUUGCUAAGUCUGCCAGAGAGUUAGGCAAAAAGGUAUUAGAUAGGUGUAACCUAACUGCACUAUUAGAACCAGGGCAAGAGGAUACUGCUGAAUUCCUUGCAGCUAAUCAGAUUCAGAUCGUUGCGUCAUUGCCAAGUUACAGUAAAAAGAAUGUUAAUUUACAGAGAGGUAGUGGAGUUUUUGAUAAAAGUAUCCGCUCUUUAUUACUGUUGAAUUCCCUGGGGUAUGGUAAACCAGGAUCUGGUCUAGACUUAGACUUAGUGUACAACCCAUUAGGGGCAUUCCUGCCACCGGGUCAGAAGCAAUUGGAAGAGAAGUAUCGAGAGGAAUUAUGGAAUAUGUUUGGUAUUGAAUUUAACAAACUCUUCACCAUUACUAACAUGCCAAUUAAAAGAUUUGCUGAUUUCUUAUACAGAAGAAAUGAAUUACAAGACUAUAUGGAUGUAUUGGUUAGGAACUUUAAUCCUGCUACAGUGCCAGGUUUAAUGUGCUAUAAUACACUGAGUGUCAAUUGGAAUGGGCAGCUAUUUGAUUGUGACUUUAAUCAACAGUUGGAUAUUGGCAUUAGUACAAAGAAAGUUCAUGGGCGAAGUGAUCAUCUGGAUCGAUUGAAGUCAAAUUUCCUGAAUGUACACGAUAUUGAAUCGUGUGAUGAUUUGAUUGAUGUGCGAAUUGCUGUUGACAAUCAUUGUUUCGGCUGCACUGCUGGUAUGGGCUCUAGCUGA